GACGACCUCGACAUCUUCUUUCACUGCUGGGUCAAACCGGACUGUCCACAAUGUCUUUCACCCUCAAACCAGUAUCCAUGUUCAUGGUGCGCGGUGUCUCAGACAUGUGUUCCCAACACAAUUUAUGGAUAUCCAUUUGGCAUACUAUCACCAAUAAAGUCUUCCGAGAUCUGUCCGUUGGCAUGGCGAGAGAGAUGGGAGAUGAGAGCUCGACCAUUCAGUUGCCGGUGUUCAAGCAUGGCUUUCAUCAGCGUUGUGGUUGCUGUGCUUUCGACGCUGAUUGGGCUUUCCCUCAUCCUCACGGCCUUUAGGCUGGGUCUCCUGAUGGGAAGGAAAUGGAGACGUCGC